AUGAGCGGAUUCCCUGUUUAUGAUGAGCGACAACCUCCGUUUAAUUUACAGGACUUUGUCCAAACUAUCAAAUGCCUUAAACAUAUCAAUACAGAAGAGCGUAAAGAUAUUCUUCAUAGAAUUAUUUACUCUCCUACGCCAUUUUAUACAAUGCUUUCAACUCUUUGUUAUUACAACUGUCAGACAGAACGCCUCGGAUCCAAUCUUUUUGAUGAAACAGAUUUAAAAUUACUUAAAAAAACGAAUUUAUUCAAAAAAUUCACUAACUUCGAUAUUCUUACAUCAAUAAUUAUGCCAGAUGAUUCAGAUUUUGACGAACCUAUUGCUCAUUCUAAGCGACAAACCGAAGAAUUGUAUCCUCUUAAAGAUAACAAAAUAGAAAUACAAAAGCAUCUUCCUUUCAAUGUUUCUUUCGAAGAAUUCAUUAUUGCAUGCUUCAGACUUAAUAAAAUCAAAUACAAUUCAAAAUUAUUCGAACCAGAAAUUAUUCCAAAAUCAGGGGCAAAACGUCUUUAUUCUGUUAUCUGUAAUCCUAUGACAAACGGUGUUAUUACUCGCCAACGAACUGAACGAUACAUAAAGCUUACAUAUCCACUUGGCCGGCCAGAUCAAUCAGCCCGCGACAAAAUGGCCAAAUCGGUUUUGAAUGAUUAUUGGAAAUUAUUUCAAGGAGAUACUAAACCCCGUUUCACCAAAAAUAAAAAAUUAACUCAACAACAGUUACAAGAGCGCCAAAUUGAAGAUAAAAUUAAUAAUCUCGAAAUAUCGAUUAUAAGGUGCACUAAAUUUUUACGCGAACUCAUUACUAUUAGCUAUUAUAAGCCAUAUUAUUACAUUAGUCUAAAUAAUUACAUCGAAACCAACUCAUUUUUGGGAAGGUGUGGGUUUUUAUUACUAAAGGUUCUUGGAGAAAUGAGAACAGAUGAAAGGAAUCAUAAAGCUAUUCAAAAAGUACAAAAACUCAUCAUCUAUAUGAUCCAUGAAAGGUUUUCACAUCUCCAUUUCCUUCUAUUAAUCGAAAUGCAAAAAUACAAGAACGUUUUGGCCAUAAAAGGAGCACUUUUACCUGAUAAAGCAAAUAUCUCACCAAAAUCAGUUCCAAAGCCAAUAAUCUACACGAACAUUGGAUGUCCUGACCAUAUCAUUGUCGAGAAUCUCAGUUUUGUCUCGCAAUUCAUGAUUUUCCGACAAGAAUGUAUUCCAAGAUCGAGUUUACUCAAAUUUAACAAGAUUUUGUCGGUUCUGAGGCUUGAUAAUUACUCAUCCCAGCUGUCUGUCCAAGAUGCAAGGCUUUUCCUUUUAAUUAUUUCGUUGACAGAAGUUUUUGACUACUUCCACCCCAGCGAAAACGAUCGGACCAAUGCAGCCUUCAUUAAUUUCACUAGAUUCAUUGAUCACUUCACAGAAGUCAUUAUUCCUUCAGAUGAUUUCUGCAAAUUACAGGUUAAUAUGUCUGAUAUCAAAGAUUUAGUGAAAAUUACUAAUGGAAUGCCAAUGAGAAUUAUGUAUGACAUCAUAUAUUUCUCACAAUACUUAAUAUUAUCCCUCAUUCAUUUAAAUCAACAAGAAGUAUCACAAGAGGAGACUGUUUUCUUCGAAAAAGAUGGACAGAGGAUUGUAAUGAAUGAUUUAACCACACAAGAGGCUUUCGUUUGUCAAUUUGACCCGAAAAACGCAGUUUUUAUUGAUGAAGAAAGUUAA